CAAGCAGCUCAACUGUCAACAGUGAAGCAGAACAACAACAUAUAAAGGAUUAUUGUUUUAAUUAAAUUCGAUAGAAAAAUGAAGAUCUUCGUAGCUUUGAUUUUGUUUGGAAUUAUAUGCACUCUCAGUGAAGGUAAUUUUUAAAUUUUAUUGUUUAGAUUUUUUUAAUCGUACAUUGUAGCAGGGCGGUGGUGCCAGUAUUGCGCCGUAAUUUGGUCAAAUGCAGAUCGAUAAAACAGUGCUUGACAGACUCCUGAAAUAGAAAAAGAGAGAGCCUCGCUUUGCAAAAGCGUGUUAAGAAAAAAACGUAGUCAAGAAUUGUUUAGAAACUAGCAUGGAAGCCAUUAACAGACCGAUGGGAUUUAAAUAAAAAAUGUCCUGCGGUUUUUAAAUCUCUUAAGUUAAGGGUUCCUUUCCUAUUAACCUUAGGAAUCUAUUUGUUCUUAAUUCUGAUAUGCAUAAUUAUAAUAUCCGUACUCGAUCACAUCAUUUUCGUAUUCAGCUGUUAAGCUAUAUAAUGAUCUCAGCAAUGGCCAGUACAGAUCUUCUAUAUGAAGAACAGUUCAGAAUUGAUACGGUUUGACUAUAUACUCACGGGCGCUCAUUGCGAGGGAUAUUAGUACAUUAGGGUUUUAUUAAGCGAUUACGACACCGGAUGCCAAAAUUACUGACAUCACGCAAAACCUGUGAGGGGCAGUCAAACCCGAAUUGAUAGAGCUAUCCAGCACUGAUUACAAAAGGACUGAUACAUUUAUUUAGUUGAGGGGUUUUUCGGUUGUAAAAUUAAUGAUAUACUUUUAUGAGUACCUUCAAGAAGAACAUUUAUCACCAAAAUCAUUUAUAGUAUAUGCAUAAAUGAAGUUAUAAAGUUUAAUUUCAAUAUCUGUGAAUGUAUUUACCUCUGCAUGCAUGAAAACUGAAAAGUGAUAAAAAUAAUAAACUAUAUUUAUCUUUUUCCCAGCCUGCACUUCGUCAAAACGGACUCGCGCUCGAGGCAGAAACCCAAAGAUAAUCGCAACUUCGCCUCCUGUAACCGAAGGCGUGGAAGAAGCAACCGAAACCCCCACCGAAAAAGCCACUGAGGCAAUUACGGCUACCAUAAACCCAAAUAUAAUUAGAAGUUUACCUUUUAUUACCGAAGCACCCACGGAAGAAGCCACUGAAGCCAUUAUGAGUACCGAACCACCUGUAGCAACCGAGGGAGUUGUCGAACUAACCACCGAGGCUGCAGAAAAAGUUACCGAAGUCGCCACUGAAAAGCCUGUUGUGGCAACAACAGAGCAGGAAGUGGCACAAGCGACAACGAAGGCACCCACCGAAGCAGCAGCACCCACUGAACCCAAAGCAGUGGAAGCUAGCACCGAACUAGUCGACCCCGUCACUCGUCCUACUUCAGUCCACAGGUUCUUUAAACAGUCAGCAUUUGUAAGCAGCGGUACAGAUGACAGAACAUGCCCUGAUGUUGGUGGAGAAUGUCGAAAAGAAUGCAAUGGCACGACGGAAUACAAUAGGGGACGAUUUCAAUGCUCUUCUGGAAGCUGUUGUGUCAAAAGAUAAUAUACCAAUGUACAUAGAGAGAUGUCGUUUUGAAAUUAUCGUAAUGGAUCAAAAACAAUCUGUUAACGGCUACAGCACAAUGCAUCGCGAUAAUGCUAAACGAUUAUGUUCAAAAUUAGGAUAUUGUGAUACUUUAUGUAUAUUUCAAUAAAGAAAACAAGAUGAGAUUUUGGUAUUGUCUUUGUGGCAGUUUUAGACCAAAACAGACUUGAAAAUAUAAAAAGCAUGCAUGUUUAGUACCAAACGUAGUUAGGAAUGUUAAAAUAGUAUUGUACACAAUCGGUGAUAAAUGAUCACUUAAUUAACAUUUAGUGCUUAUGCCCAAUAUGUUUAUCUUUCUAUCAAAUAUAUUUAUCACUAUACAUAAUGUAAUUAUGCAAACAAUAUUUAUCUCUUGAAAUAAAUAUAAAAAUAUAUAUUUUGGUGCAGCUUGUACUUGUUAAAAUUUGUGCUUGUGUAUUUUAAUUAUUGUUUUGUCAUGUUUUAUGUAUAAUAAACAUAACAAGACUAAGCCGACAGCUUUUUUAGCUGCCAUAUACUUGGUAUAGUGACACCGACAGAAAGGAAGACUUCGAUACUUAAUAAAGUCUUCCUUUCCGUCGCUGUCAUUAUACCAACUAUAUACCUUUGGCUUUGAGAUAAACACGAUGAGCAUGACCCUGAUUUCGCGAGCCUGGCC